AUGGAGGAUGCAAGAGAAAUUGCUAUCAACAAACUCUCUGAACUGCUCAAACACCCAGAUGAUCUCACCAGUAAAGUGGGACCUCUCACUCGCAAACUAGCCAAGGAGAAGGCCUCCAUCGAUGCCCAACUCAAUUCAGGCGUUCAGUCGCAGCUUGACCAUGUACAAGAAGGUUUAGAGACGCUGACGAUAUCCAGCAGAAACAUCAACAGAGUCAAAGACAACAUGCAAAACAUUGACAAGCUAUGCUACGAUGCUCAGUCGAUGAUUCAUGAUUUCCCAAGAAUCAACAUGAUAUCUCAAGUGCAUCAAAACUUUGUGGCGACGCAAGCCAAGGUACAAGCGUUUCAGGAACUAUACCAACAACUGGAUGAUUUAGAGGAUGCAUUUGCACCAAUGCAAAACGAUAUUUUCAGUCCACACGAAGCACUAUUACAUGUGCAUUAUCACCUGUUUAAAUUGGAGGAAUUUCGUGAUCAAACCAUGCAUCAAGCCCGUGAUUCGCCUCACGAUGUGAUUAUUACACUCAAAACAUACUUUCGUCGAGUUGAUGUGCUGUCAGACGACUUUACCCAGCAUUUAUGGCUGCUGGCUCGAAAUCUGAUCCCUCUGGUGGAAAACGGAUGUGGUUCAACCAUUGUCAAAUUGAUCAAGAUUAUCGAAUGCGAAGAAACAGCGGAUGAAAAGGCCCUGGCCGCGAGACAAGCACAGUCGAAUCAUCAAGACUUACAGGGCCACAAGAAAUGGCGUUUAGCAGAAGGUAAUCCUCGCACCAUCAAGUCGUAUCGAGUCGAGUUUUACGAGCAACUGCAUCAAUCACUAAGAGAACGCUUUGAGGAGGAAUUUGCGCCAUUCAAGGACAGUGAAGAUUGGCAAGGUGCUUUGGAUUCAACCGACUUUAUCUUCAAUGAGCUGGAAUUGGUAUAUGAUCAGGUGGUGCCCAAGUUCCCCAAAAAGUACAAGAUCUUUCCUUAUUUCGUACUAGAGUAUCAUCGCCAUACAUACGACCUACUGAAUCAAAUGGUACAACAGGAUCUGGACGCAGGCACUAUACUGAGAUUGCUGAGGUUUGUGCGAGAUUACUAUACCACCAUGAGCACAAGACUUGGCGUUACCGAAGAACUGCUGGAACCUCAAUUACUGGAUGGUCAGGAGCAAUCGCUUGUCGAUGAUUAUCUCAAGCUGGUCCGUAGAAAGCUGGUUGAAUGGACAUCCAACUUGAUGCAAUCUGAAUCCAAGGAUUUCGUCACUCGUCAAGAUCCACCCGAGAUGUCUCCAGACGGUCAAUUUGGAUUAUCCGGUGCUGUGGAUCUGUUUCAAAUUAUCAACCAGCAGAUUGAUGUGGCCGCAGACGCCAAUCAGGGCAAGUUGCUCUACCUUGUAGUCAAUGAGUGUCAUAAGGUCAUGAAGGAUUCGCAGGUGUUUUGGAAAAAACUGCUCAUGUCAGAAUUGCAAAAGCAAAUGGAGCAGCCAGAGGAUGUGCCUGAAGGCCUGGUCGAGUAUGUCAUGGCAUUGGCAAACGAUCAAAUCAAGUGCUCUGAUUUCGCCAACGAUAUACUGAUGCGCGUGCCUCCCAUUGUGGACGCCAACUACAAGAUGCAAGUGGAGGACAAGCUUUCCACAGCCAUUGAUGGCUACCUACAAAUCGCAGCAAGUGCCCGUGAAGCGCUGUUAGAAGUGACAUUUGCAGACAUCAAGCCCGUGUUUGCCGAUCUCUUCACCUCGCGCUGGUACGAACAGCCUCUGAUCCCAUCCGUCAUUGAAACAUUGAAAGACUACUGCAACGACUUUCAGCAUUUGAACAAGUUUAUCUUUGACAAACUGAUCCACGACAUGCUGGACAGAUUUCUGAUGUUGUAUCUGGAAGCCAUGCGACACAAGAAUGCCAAAUUUCACAUGGAAACCUGCUUGGAACGCAUUGAAAACGAUGUUCGCCUGUCAUUCAACUUUUUCGCCAAAUACACCUCUGUGGAAGAAAUGGAAGAGCGCUUCGAUGUCAUUGAAAAGGUGCACACACUAUUGGAGAGUAACCGUCGCAUGAUUUUCGUGGAUUACUACACACUGAGACAAGCGUAUCCUGAUGUGCCGCUGGCUUUUGUUGAGAAUAUAUUGAGUAAACGUGAUGAUUUGGAUAAAUCGGCUCUCAAAGACAUCAUGGAAGGCAUUAAAGCCAAAGCCCGUGAAUAUGAACCUGAUGCAAAUACCCCUCCAACCAUUUUUAGUAGAAUAAAGUGGUAG